AUGGCGGAUUUCGGCGAGUACCCGCCCAACAUGGCCCCCCAGGAUGCACUUGUGGUACGGCAACAAGCCGGACAGGACCACGCCGUGGUGCCAUAUACUGCGGACGAUUUGUCGAGGCCCAAGUUCGGCCCAGCAAAUCCUUUCAAGGACGAGUCAAUAACGACAAAGCGGAAAAACAUACUCACAGGACAUGCGGAAGAGACCUUUCUAGGCGAACAUACAUUUAGAACAAAAUACAGAGCAGUCGAGCGGAAAGGUGGACCGGACCGAGAAUACCGGACUGGAGCAACAUUGAAAGAGCAGGCUGCAGGACUUCGAGCCACUCGCGACAAGAAAGGAGAUGCCGCCAUUGCCGAAGGGUCCGGCUCUUAUGUCGGUCCCUGGGCCAGGUACAAUCGGCCAGCAUACGAAACAGUGGAAGAGGGCGAAGAGCUUGCGAGCGACGAAGAACACGAGGUAGUAGAAGAAGACGAGGGAGAUGUGGUUGAGAGCGGGACGGUCCUACGAGCACCUGAUACAGCCCUUGCACGGCGAAAAGAGGUUCAAGAACUCGGAGACGAGACGACCACCUUUCAUGGCUCAGCAGAAUUUGAUUACCAGGGCCGAUCGUACAUGCACGUGCCCCAAGACUUGGAAGUCGACCUGGAAAAGGAGCCCGGAAGUACAACGAAUUACAUACCGAAGAAGCAGAUACACGCCUGGAAGGACCAUAAAAUGGCCGUUACUGCUUUGCGCUUUUUCCCUGACUCAGGGCAUCUGCUGCUGUCUGCUAGCGCCGACUCCACGGUCAGAAUACGCGACGUGUACCAUGACAAAGAGUUGUUACGGUCAUACUCAGGGCAUUCGAAAGCUGUUUCCGACAUCUGCUUCAACGCAUCUGGCACACAGUUCCUUUCCGCGUCGUACGACCGCAUGAUGAAACUGUGGGAUACGGAAACUGGCGCCUGCAUCAACAAGUUUACGACGGGAAAGACGCCUCAUGUGAUCAAGUUCAACCCCGAUCCCGAACACUCCAACGAAUUCCUGGCCGGCAUGUCAGACAAGAAGAUUGUUCAGUUCGACAUUCGAACACCCGGCGAAAUCGUGCAGGAAUACGAUCAUCAUCUUGCCGCCAUCAAUACCAUUACAUUUGUGGAUCAGAACCGUCGUUUCAUGACCACGUCGGAUGACAAGUCCCUGCGCGCCUGGGAUUAUAAUAUCCCUGUCCCCAUCAAAUACAUUGCUGAGCCGGACAUGUAUCCCAUGACAAACGCAGCCUCGCACCCGAGUGGCAAGUAUGUUGCGUACCAAAGUUCUGAUAACCAGAUCCUGGUCUACGGCGCCAACGACAAGUUCCGACAAAACAGAAAGAAGAAUUACCGUGGACACAACAAUGCGGGGUUGGCCAUAGAUCUGGACUGCAGCCCGGAUGGCCAAUUCUUGGCUUCGGGAGAUUCUGGUGGCUUCGUCUGCUUUUGGGACUGGAAGACCUGCAAGAUGUAUCACAAGCUUCGAGCAGGCAGCCAGGCGGUCACUUGUGUCAAAUGGCAUCCCCAAGAGACCAGCAAGGUAGCUUCAGCAGGUCUUGACGGAGAAAUCAGAUAUUGGGAUUAG